GCUGCCCGACGAUAUUGCCUGAUAUCACUAACCAGAUCGAAUCUUAAACAAUUCAGCUCGAACGACCGGCAAACAACAUUUGUGAGGCAACAAAGUUAUAAAUUACUGAAAAUAACUGGAAGGAGAGAGCCCCCUUGUCUACUUUUUUUGUUAGAACGAGGUUUAUUGCUUUAUGGUUAACAAAUCUUCUUUAUAGUUGUUAGAAACUCUCGGUUUCCAGUCAUUUCUAACCUGUCCCUUGAUGGCCCAUAUGGUGGUUUGAAUGAGGCCCGGCUUCCUCACGUGUGGCUAAAAGCUCCUGGAGUUGGUGAACAGUCGGCAUCAGUUUUAAAUUUGAUUUAAAUUGGAGACAUGGCUGCUGAUGGUGACGGUUUAAUGUUAAAUAUUACCAGCAACCCCCAGGCGCCCGUUUUCGGUAAAGGAAAGGGGAAGAUGUAUCAGCGCAAGGCUUUGAGCGAUGCGGAAAGUUGGCAACAGGCACAGCCCAAUGGAGGGAGUCGUCGAUUACAGGGCAGCUCUAGAGGUGACCCUCCCUCUUUAAAGCAACCAAAUCAAAAAAUUCCUACUACAAAAAGAAAAUACAAGAAUGCCCAGAAACUGUCUUCAGGUGAACGGUUACCCAGCCUGGCUCCAAAGAGAAGGAAAAUCAAGGAAGAUCCAGUGGAAAAAGAAGAGAAGGAAGUGGCUCCUGUGAAAACCUCCUCUUUGUUUAGACACAACCCUGAGAUCCCAAAAAUACCUAGACAGACUAUAAAAACAUUGAAGGAAAAGGUUUUUACAACUAACUCUUUUAAUGAGCUCAAUCUCCAUCCACACCUGGUCUCUACACUCCACAAUGUCCUCAAGCUCUCUAGUAUGACCAGCAUUCAGAAGCAAGCAAUUCCAAUACUGCUUGAUGGGAAGGAUGCUCUGGUACAAUCACAGACUGGCUCAGGCAAAACAUUAGCAUAUGGUGUCCCUCUGGUCCAGUCCUUGCAGUCUGUUCAACCGAAAAUCCAGCGCAGUGAUGGACCAUAUGCUAUAGUCAUCAUUCCAACAAGAGAGCUGGCCCUGCAAAGCUUUGAUACCAUUCAGAAAUUGAUCAAGCCAUUUACAUGGAUUGUGCCAGGAAUGCUGAUGGGAGGAGAGAAACGAAAAUCCGAGAAAGCCAGAUUACGUAAAGGUAUAAAUAUUCUUAUAUCAACUCCAGGGCGAUUAGUGGAUCAUAUAAAGAACACAAAGAAUAUUUGUUUUGCCCGUGUACAAUGGUUUGUUGUUGACGAAGCUGACAGAUUGCUGGACCUGGGUUUUGAGAAAGAUAUCACUGUGAUACUGAAUGCUCUAAAUGCAGCACAUGAGAAAAGGCAAAACGUUCUCCUCUCUGCCACCCUAACAGAUGGAGUGAAUCGUUUAGCUGGGAUCAGUUUAAAAGAGCCAGCCAAUAUAUAUGUCACAGAAACAAACGAGUCGAAACCUGCAUUUGUGACAAAAGGAAUGAAGACGAAGCAAGAAGACAUCAAAGAAGAUUCGGAAUGCUAUUCUAUUCCAGAGCAACUUCAACAGUUUAUGGUGAUGGUUCCCAGCAAACUGCGACUGGUUACGCUUUCAGCAUUCAUACUCCAAAAAUGCAAAUUUGAAAAGAAACAGAAAAUGAUCAUAUUUUUCUCCAGUUGUGAGUCUGUGGAAUUUCACUACACCCUUUUCACAAAUGUCCUUACUCCAUUUUCCGGCAGUAUGGAGUUCAAACAGUUACCUUUCUCAGCUUGUAAGAUGCUGUUUCUGCGAUUGCAUGGGAACAUGGAACAGGAGACACGGAAGCAAGUUUUUCUGGAAUUUUCACAAUCAAAAAUGGGUGUUCUUCUCUGCACAGACGUAGCAGCACGUGGGCUAGACCUGCCAGAAGUCACGUGGAUUGUUCAGUAUAACGCACCGACCUCACCUGCAGAAUAUGUUCAUAGAGUGGGACGAACAGCCCGGAUUGGGUCCUGUGGAAAUAGUCUCCUUUUCCUCACUCCUUCUGAAGCAGAAUAUGCAAAUGUCCUUGUGUCUCACCAUAUCAGUGUCUCUGAAAUGAAAAUGGAGGGUAUACUUUCAACACUUUUGAUGGAGCACUUACCAAGAAAAAAAUCUGGACUCAAGUCAGAUGGUGUUAUUCUGCAAGAAAUAAGGGAAUCAGCAACAACCUUGCAAAAAGAGUAUGAGAACUAUGUCCAUUCAACCAGAGAAACCCUCCUGCAAGCCAAGAAAGCAUUGCAGUCAUUCAUUCGCGCAUAUGCCACAUAUCCAACAAACCUAAAGCAUUUCUUCCAUGUGAAGGCACUUCAUCUUGGACACAUUGCCAAGAGCUUUGGGCUCCGAGAUGCCCCACAGAACCUAAGUACCACAAUAAUGACCUAUCAACAGAAGAAGAAUUUCAAACCAAGGGUAAAAAGGUCUGGCUUGGGUGGACAUCUGUUUACUAGGAGCCAGGUGGCUUCAAUGCUACGGUCUGAAUAUUCACAUGGAUUUAGAGCAAAUUUUUUUAAGGUAAAGAAACAGCGAAAACCCUUAAGAAGUCGCAGACCACAGUCAGAAAACAUCUGAAGCGAGCAACAAACAUCCAGGGACACAUCAUCAAACGUGGUGCUAUUAACCCAGGUCAAGUGACGUCAAAAUGAAGUGAACAGCACUGAAUUGGGUCAAGCAAAUUCCAGAAUCAUCACUGUCCUGAAUCUCAGUCCAGAACCAAAGGGCAGAGAAAACUGCCUGGCAGUGUCUGUUGGAAUUAUUUGUUUUAGGAGAUUUUUAAAAGUUGCUUUAACUUAUUUGCAUGGAGGUGAAGAAAAUGGACUUGAAUUAAAUGGAUUUCAAUUAAAUUCACGUAUGAUGCUUUAUAGCUCUUGGAGCAAGGACAUUUCCAGUCCCCUCCCAAAUCGGAUAUAAACCCAGAUCCUGAAGACAUAACAUUAGUAUUCCAUCAUUUUGAAGUAUUCUGCUUCCUGCACCUGAGAAAAAAAGAUCUAACUGCUAGGGGUACAAACCCAGACACCAAAACUAAGAGGAGCAAUGUUCUACAUCCCCACAAACAGUUCUAAAUCAGACAAGGAAGAUUGAUGUUCAGAAAAGUGGAACAUAAUCACAGGUGCAAUUUUCUGAGUACUGCAGCUGUAGUAAAGAAUAACAAAAUUCACCAUGUCCACUUGCUAAUGAAUAGGUGACUAAUCCAGGAAGCUAACAAGCUGAAUAAUCAGAUCACAAGGUCUUGGGUGUAUCAAAUCUGAUGUAUGCUUUGCAUAGUUUUGAUUUCCUGCACGUUCCAGAACACUCAUGUUGUAGGUCACUGCCUUGUAGUACGAGGGCUUGCAUUGAACAUCAGAUGAUGACUUACACCCAAGGUUUGGACUGUAUUAGUUCCCUACUUGCAAGCCCAGCCGUACAAUAUGUUUCACCUACAUCUGAAUACACCUCAGGAAGUCUGACGACACCUUUGACAAUACUUAUAAACCAGCCUAAAGACCUACCGUAACCUAGAAUACUAUCAAUUAUGUUAACUAAUUGUGGUCUGAAUUCAAAAUGAGCAGAAAGACUAUAUGAAAGGAUGGGAUUGAAAUUUAUUUAAAAUUAAAGGAAUAAACAUUAAUUUUAAAAUAGGAAUUUCAUGGAAUUUUGAUAUCAAAAGACUUUCAUGUUUAAUGCAAUGCCAUAACUUGAUAGUUUUAUUAAAACCAAAAUGUCUUUAAUUGAAGCAAAUAUUAUCAGCAACUAAGACAGUUUAAUAAGAAAUAAAUUGGAAAUAUUUUCAGCUGUUUCAGUUGUUGACCAGUUUUGAACCUUAGUUUUUCAAAGUUCUGUCCUUUUAUGACCUUUUAAUAGUGAUUUUAGUUUUUCUUGGAAGAUUUUCAAACUCAUCUGGACUGUCUGGCUGGGCUGGUGUUCAGUCAUUUCUAAGUUGUAUACAUUAUAUAUUUUUGAAAGCUGUUAGUAUAGUUUUGUAACUCAAAACAAAAAAAAAAAUCUUCAGAUUUUAAUUAUAGGUUAGUUAUAAACCUCA